CGGUGAGCGGCGGGGUCCGGCCUUGACGUUGUGCCGCUCACCGUGGGGUUUAUUUGGCUCCGGGGCCCCUCGCCGACGCCAUUAGGAGCCGCAGCGCCCGAGGCCGACCCCCCACCACUCUUUCCCCUCUCCCUCCCGAGCGCACCCCGCCUCCGCGCCUGCUCUCCGCCCCCUCUGCCCCCUCCCCCCCGCCCCCGGUAGCCGGGAGCCGCGCGCGGGCCCGCGGAGACCAUGUCCUGACUGAGGGGAGAGGGCGGAGGCGGCAGCAGCGGGACGGGCGGCGGCACGGAGGGAGGCGGAGAGGGGCCGGGCUCGGCUCGUCGCCGCGGGCUGCUCGGGGAGUCGCCGCCGCCGCCGCUGCCGCCGCCGCCGCCGCCGCCGGGCGCUGAGCAUCGGACGGGGAGAAGGAGCAGGAGCUGGAGGAGCUGCCGCCGCCAGCUUCCUGCCUGACAUAACUCACUUCAAGAAGAGCACAAUGUCAGAACGUGGAAUUAAGUGGGCUUGUGAAUAUUGUACGUAUGAAAACUGGCCAUCUGCGAUCAAGUGUACUAUGUGUCGCGCCCAAAGACCAAGUGGAACAAUUAUUACAGAAGAUCCAUUUAAAAGUGGUUCAAGUGAUGUUGGUAGAGAUUGGGAUCCUUCUAGCACUGAAGGAGGAAGUAGUCCUUUGAUAUGUCCAGACUCUAGUGCAAGACCCAGGGUUAAGUCUUCGUACAGCAUGGAAAACGCAAAUAAAUGGUCAUGCCAUAUGUGUACCUAUUUGAACUGGCCAAGAGCAAUCAGAUGUACCCAGUGCUUAUCCCAGCGUAGGACCAGGAGUCCCACAGAAUCUCCUCAAUCCUCAGGAUCUGGUUCAAGACCAGUUGCUUUUUCUCUUGAUCCUUGCGAGGAAUACAAUGAUAGAAAUAAACCAAACACAAGGACCCAGCAUUGGACUUGUUCUAUUUGCACAUAUGAAAACUGGGCCAAGGCUAAAAAAUGUGUUGUUUGCGAUCAUCCCAGGCCUAAUAAUAUUGAAGCAAUAGAGUUGGCAGAGACUGAAGAGGCUUCUUCAAUAAUAAAUGAGCAAGACCGAGCUCGGUGGAGGGGAAGCUGCAGCAGUGGGAAUAGCCAAAGAAGAUCGCCUCCCACUAUGAAACGGGACUCUGAAAUGAAAAUGGAUUUUCAGAGGAUUGAAUUGGCUGGUGCUGUUGGCAGCAAGGAGGAACUUGAAGUGGACUUUAAAAAACUAAAACAAAUUAAAAACAGGAUGAAAAAGACUGAUUGGCUAUUCCUCAAUGCUUGUGUGGGGGUUGUGGAAGGUGACUUAGCCGCUAUAGAAGCGUACAAGUCAUCAGGCGGGGACAUUGCGCGUCAGCUCACUGCAGAUGAGGUGCGCCUCCUGAACCGCCCUUCUGCUUUUGAUGUUGGCUACACUCUCGUACAUCUGGCUAUACGCUUUCAGAGGCAGGAUAUGCUAGCAAUACUGCUUACAGAGGUGUCUCAACAAGCAGCAAAGUGUAUUCCGGCAAUGGUGUGUCCUGAACUGACAGAGCAGAUCCGGCGAGAGAUAGCCGCCUCUCUUCAUCAGAGAAAGGGGGAUUUUGCUUGCUACUUUCUAACUGACCUUGUUACAUUUACAUUGCCAGCAGAUAUUGAAGACUUGCCUCCAACAGUCCAAGAAAAAUUAUUUGAUGAGGUGCUUGAUAGAGAUGUUCAGAAAGAGUUAGAAGAAGAAUCUCCAAUUAUAAACUGGUCUUUGGAAUUGGCUACACGUUUGGACAGUCGACUUUAUGCGCUUUGGAACCGGACUGCAGGAGACUGCUUGCUUGAUUCAGUGCUACAAGCUACCUGGGGCAUUUAUGACAAGGACUCGGUGCUUCGGAAAGCCCUGCAUGACAGCCUGCAUGACUGUUCACAUUGGUUUUAUACACGUUGGAAAGAUUGGGAAUCAUGGUAUUCUCAGAGCUUUGGUUUACAUUUUUCCUUGAGAGAAGAACAGUGGCAAGAAGACUGGGCAUUUAUACUCUCUCUUGCUAGUCAGCCUGGAGCAAGUUUGGAACAGACACACAUUUUUGUACUUGCACAUAUUCUUAGACGACCAAUUAUAGUUUAUGGAGUAAAAUAUUAUAAGAGUUUCCGGGGAGAAACUUUAGGAUAUACUCGGUUUCAAGGUGUUUAUUUGCCUUUGUUGUGGGAACAGAGUUUUUGUUGGAAGAGUCCCAUCGCUCUGGGCUAUACAAGGGGCCACUUCUCUGCUUUGGUUGCCAUGGAGAACGACGGCUACGGUAACCGGGGUGCUGGGGCUAAUCUCCACACCGACGACGACGUUACCAUCACCUUCCUGCCCCUGGUCGACAGCGAGAGGAAGUUGCUCCACGUGCACUUUCUUUCUGCUCAGGAGCUAGGUAAUGAGGAACAGCAAGAGAAACUGCUCAGGGAGUGGCUGGACUGCUGUGUGACCGAAGGGGGGGUGCUGGUGGCCAUGCAGAAAAGUUCUCGGCGGCGGAACCACCCCCUGGUCACGCAGAUGGUAGAGAAAUGGCUUGACCGCUACCGUCAGAUCCGGCCUUGUACGUCCCUGUCAGACGGAGAGGAAGAUGAAGAUGACGAAGAUGAAUGAAAAAAAUCAAAGAGCAGAAAACCAGGGUAUCAGCUCUGUGGCGACCCCAAAGCUAGUGUGGUGCACGCUCCAAGCAGAGCGCAGGCAUGGAAGGAACCAGAUCUGCCAGGAUCUGCCCGGAAGGGCUUUUCUAAUCCACACCCAAUGGAGAUGACGUAUCUGCUGUGUGAGGAGACAGAGAACUUUGUUUGGACUACAGUUUGUAAAAAAAGAAGAAAAAAAACUAAUUUUAUUAAGACGGAACUUUUUUCCUUUCAAAUUGUAAAUCUGUCUAUAAAUGUGUAACGCAUGUGGUUGUGUAAGAAGUUGUGUAAUAGGACAAGUUGUACCAGCAUCUUCAUAUUAUUGAGAAGUUUUUUCCAGCACGGGCACCUCCAAAAGCACAUGGCAGAUGACUCUCUGUUCCUUUGAGAUACUUUUUUUGAAGUAGAACCUGGCAUUCUACUUCCAUCUUAAAAGGCCCACUUUACGUUGAGUCUCAUUAGAGCUCAUUAGAGAUUUGGAAACUUUCUGUACAAAUUAUCCACAGCAAAACAUAAAAAUAAAAACAAGCUUUUAUUUUAUUAAUAAUUUAGUUCCUGUCAUGCCCAAUAAAACGAAGUCAAAUCUUUAAGGAACAAACUGGAAGGAAAGUAAGAAUUAUUUGAGUGAACUUCAUACAGACGUCAUUCCCUUGUUUUGGAAAGGGUUUUGGUUUCUAUUAUUUUGUCUUUUUUAAGCUUCUGAUAUGCCCCUCUUCAGUAUUUAGGUAUUUAUUUGUUUGGAAGAGCACCCUUAACCUGAGGGUUCUUCUCCCAGAGUCCGGGCGGCAGUCUCUCUGUGAGUCGUCAUUCCCGGGAUGUAAGUUAAAAGAAAGAGCCUGGGGAACAGGCCCACUUGUAACUAAAUGAAUUGUGUGAAAUUUGCGCACUUGAUUCAAUUGACGAUGUUAUACUCCCAAAUUGCCAUGCAGAGGGUCUUUGGAUUCUACCUUGUAUCAACUCUGCUUUAAGCAAAUCGUGUUAGAAAGGCAUGCCUUUGCUUGGGCUCAUUGGGAAUCAUUGUUAAGUAUAGAAUAAAGAUUUGAAAAUGCAGUAAGGUGGAAAUGCAUUAUAUAAUGAAUUUCUCAGAGUAGUCUGAGAAUUUUUGCAUGUUGGUUAAUUGUGGCCAUUCUUAUUUAAAAGUUAAAACUUAUAAUCUUAGAUAGAAAUCUUUUUAUAAAAAGUAUUAUUUGACCACUUCAGGUAUAUGUUCAAUACUGGGUAAAAAUUUCAGGCCUAUCUCAGGAACACAUGAAAGACUUAGUGUCCUGAUAAGCACUUUGUAGACUAUUAAUGUGGCAAGGAAUUCGGAAAGCAGCCCCAUACACACACACACGCACACGGUUCCUUUCCUUUGAGGGAAAGGCUGUGAAAAACCUUUAAAUAUUUGCUUCUUGUUUCCUUCUAAGUUCUGUUUAGAUGGUGUUUGAAAUGUGCAUCCCCUCUAAUUUGAUGCUGGAAUACUAAAAAUAGAGAAACACCCAUGAGAUGUCAUGUCUUUAGUUCCUUCUCCCCUCUCGGAACAGUGCAGAGAUUCCCGGGUGAGAGGAUCACUUGUGCUGUAUGCUAAAACUUGCAGGAAACUUUUGCGAUUUGAUUUCAUAUAAAUGAGUUUUGGUGUAAUAAUGGUAAAUGUUACUGUUCUAAGUGGCUAGGUUUCCCUACAAAUUGACUCUCUGGUUGGCUUUCAUUUUGGUCAGUAAGUUUCUAGGCGGCUGUCGUUCUGACUACUUAGCAUCUCUGUAAACUUUUCUCCAUACAUAGGAAGAAUUCUUUAGUGGGCACAGAUCCUAUUCUAGUUGCUGUUAAGCAAAACUACCCUCUCAAUUGAAGAAGCCAAAGAGAAAUGUUUGAGAGAAGUGUCUAGUCACUAUGGUCUACGCUGCAGUCAAUGCUGUCCAGAAAUCAUAGGCUCAGUAGUUAGCCUGUGUGUGGUGGUCUGCUGAGUGUUGCUUCCCCUGAGGUGCCUCUUUAUUUAUUUAUUUAUGAUCAGUGAUCCUGACCACACCUAGUUUAACGGGUACAGCAUUCUUCCCUGUGGGAAAGGUAGAGCAUUGCAUUUCCUAGGCUCCAGACAGGGAUGGGGCUUUAAAUGGUUUUCAUAGCAGAUUGGCCACUAAUGGCCAAAAUGUUGGUGAAUCAAUGCUAUGUUAAGCUCUUGAACUAUUAAACAGCCAUAAUUGUUGUCCCGAGAUAGAGUACGCAGUCCUUUCUCAAAGAUGAGGUCUUGGUUGACUCUGGACAGUAAUUACCUUACCUGUAUGGACUUAACUUUAUCGUUCUUUUUUAGGGAGAAUACAGUGUGGUGUUUUCUGUUCUAAUUAAACAAAACCUAGGUGCACCAUGGAUUUGAACUGGCCUUUUUGUUUUUUCACUCUAGGCUCACCAUGUCCCACACUUCAUCCGUGUUACGGGAACACUGCUUGCUUUAGGCAGUUGGGAGUCUCCUUUUUGCGCAUGUGUUGUCGCGCCCUCAUUGACAACAUUCUGGUUAUGACGAGGACGUUCAGCUCCCAUUCCGUUUCCUGGAGUGAUGGGUCAGUCAGUAACCAUGUGCUCCAUCUCUAGCGUAGGAGGUGGUUUUAGUAUAAUUUUUCUGGGAGGGUUGGGAUGGGGCCACCACCUUCAGAUGAGGGAGGAGGUUGAUGUUUGAAGACCCGGUCGUAGCCCCUUCCCCCCUUUUCUUCACGGGAAGGGGAGGAGGAGGAGUGACAGGGAGUUGGGUACCUGGAAUUGGGCCUGAUGGAUCGGUGGGUACUUGCGGAUACCACUGGAACAAAGGGAUUUAAUGCUAUUCAAGAAGGAAAAUCCUUUAAAUCAACUUAAAGUUCUUAACAUAUGGAAAUGGCUGAUUUCUUUGUAACAUUUCUUUGUAAAUAUUUAAAAGAAUUUUGAGAUUCACUUCCCUUCCUGCAUUAAUGCUUGAGCCAGGUAAUUCUGCUUUUGGGUAAAUUAAAAUCAAAACUCUCUAACUUGA